AUGACAUGUAGCGUUUGGCUGAAACAAGUAUGGAUUGAUAAAAAGUUGUCAUGGGAUCCGAAGAAUUACGGAGGCGUAAGCGUUCUCUAUGUUCCAUAUGAAAUGAUUUGGGUACCUGAUAUUGUUCUAUAUAACAAUGCGGAUAGCAAUUAUAACAUAACGAUCAGUACGAAAGCGACAUUGCACCAUAGUGGUGAGGUCACAUGGGAACCUCCAGCGAUUUUUAAGAGCAUGUGUCAAAUUGACGUCAGGUGGUUUCCAUUUGACGAACAAAAGUGUCAUUUGAAGUUUGGCUCAUGGACAUAUUCCGAAGAUCUACUUGUGCUUGAUCUGCUAGAUGGUGACGCCCGGUAUGAGCUGGAAACGAACGAAUUUGGAGAAAUUGACAAUAUUACAAUCGUUGAAGAUGGUAUCGACUUAUCCGAUUAUUAUCCAUCGGUGGAAUGGGAUAUUAUGUCGAGAGUGGCUAAACGAAGAACAAAAAACUAUCCAAGCUGUUGUCCCCUAAGUGAUGCUUAUAUUGACAUUAUGUAUUAUUUGGAAUUAAGAAGGAAACCAUUAUUUUAUACGGUAAAUUUGGUUUUUCCAUGUGUUGGCAUAUCGUUUCUCACUAUCCUCGUCUUCUAUCUACCAUCCGAUAGCGGUGAAAAAAUCACACUGUGUAUUUCAAUUUUGGUCGCACUCACCGUCUUCUUCUUGCUGUUGACCGAGAUCAUACCCGCGACAAGCAUAAGUCUUCCGUUGAUCGGAAAAUACCUCCUCUUCACAAUGGUUAUGGUCACCCUCAGUGUAAUUGUUACUGUUAUCUCUUUGAAUCUUCAUUUUCGUACGCCAACAACACAUCGAAUGCCUGCAUGGGUGAAAUGGCUUUUCUUAAAAUUUCUGCCUGAAGUGUUAUUCAUGAGACGUCCAGUCGCAGAAUCAGAUGAUUCGCAUCGACGAGUGAGUCAACGACGUGGCGAUAACUGCGAAAAAGUAGCGAUCAACUAUCACGAGCACCGCGUUAGUCGGGAUUCUGAAUGUGUUCGCUCGAUGGCACCUGUUGAUGAACGCAUUCAAAAACUUUACUAUUCACCAGCUGUUGUAAAGGCGUUUGAAAAUAUUUGCUUUAUCGCCGAAUUGUUGAAGAAGAAGGAUCGUGAUGAUAAGGUUGAUGAAGACUGGAAAUACGUUGCAAUGGUUCUUGAUCGGUUGUUUUUAAUGAUUUUCUCUUUUGCGUGUUUCCUCGGAACGGUAACAAUCUUAUUACAGGCACCGACUUUGUACGAUAGCCGUGAGGCAAUUGAUUUACAAUAUCGACCCACGAAUAUUUCAUCUCCAAUCGUCCAGUGA